AAAUUCAGAACACCAAUUGUAUGAUUAGUCUUUGUUGAUUGCUUACCACAAUUAUCUGGCACUUAUAUUGUCUGUGACGAAAGACUAUAAAAUCUGUUCACAAAUUUGGGUGAGUUGUCAUCAAUUUGCAGGGUAGUUGCGUUUACUGGUUUAGGCAUGCGUCGUCCGGUAGAAGCAGAAAAAUCAUAACUAUCCUUCAAAAGAAUUUGGUACCAUCUACCUUAUCAAAUUCGAGUUAAAGUCAAUUCCCACCUCACUUCCUCUCCACUCUGCAACUCGCUGAUCAUCGCGACGCCGUUUCUUAUCGAAGAAAAACCAAUAAUGGCUUUGAAAUCCUUCAUUGACGUCCAUCCCGAUUCUCAUUUCCCUAUCCAGAAUCUUCCCUAUGGAGUAUUCAAGCCUCAACCGAGUUCGCCGCCUCGGCCCGCCGUGGCAAUCGGCGACUACGUUUUGGACCUCUCCGAAAUUGCUCUUGCCGGCCUUUUCGACGGUCCUAUUCUCAAAGGCUCCGAUUGUUUUCUGCAGCUUAACUUGAACAAAUUUGUAGCCAUGGGACGACCGGCAUGGAAGGAAGCUCGCGCUACACUUCAAAAGCUGUUGUCAUCUACUGAACCGACAUUGCGUGACAAUGCAAGUUUGAGGCAGAAAUCACUUGUGCUAAUGAGCAAGGUAGAAUUGCUUGUGCCUAUUGCCAUAGGGGACUACACAGACUUCUUUUCUUCCAUGCAUCAUGCUAAGAAUUGUGGCACCAUAUUUCGGGGACCGCAGAAUCCUAUUCCAGCAAAUUGGUUCCAUCUUCCUAUCCAUACAUGCGACGAGCUUCAAUUCUAUUUUAUUAGUAAUUAUUUUGCAUGUCUGACAUGUACACAAAUGAAAGGUCAAGGCCAUCCAACUGGAAACUCCCCGCCUUAUUUCGGACCUUCAAUGAAGCUAGAUUUUGAGCUAGAAAUGGCUGCUGUAGUUGGUCCUGGAAAUGAACUAGGAAAGCCUGUGGAUGUUAAUGAAGCAGGAGAUCAUAUAUUUGGUCUUGUAUUAAUGAAUGAUUGGAGUGCUAGAGAUAUUCAGGCAUGGGAAUAUGUUCCUCUUGGGCCUUUUCUUGGGAAGAGUUUUGGUACUACAAUAUCUCCUUGGAUUGUAACACUUGAUGCUUUAGAGCCUUUUGCUUGUGAUGCCCCCAAACAGGAUCCGCAACCGUUGCCAUAUCUGGCUGAAAAGAUAUCAAAAAACUAUGACAUUUCAUUAGAGGUUCAAAUUAAACCGACUGGACAAGAAGACUCGACUGUAGUCACAAGAAGUAAUUUCAAGCACUUAUAUUGGACAUUGACACAACAGCUUGCACACCAUACAAUCAAUGGUUGCAACCUAAGGCCAGGCGAUCUACUUGGCACUGGGACAAUCAGCGGACCUGAGCCAGAAUCAUAUGGAUGCUUAUUAGAGCUAACAUGGAAUGGACAAAAACCUUUGUCAUUAAAUGGAGCAACACGGAAAUUCCUGGAAGAUGGAGAUGAAGUCAUUUUCAGUGGUUUCUCCAAGGGAGAUGGCUAUAAUGUUGGGUUUGGAACAUGCUCCGGAAAAAUUCUUCCAUCCCACUAAGGUUAAAAUUGCUGUUCUAGUUGGUACAUUGUCAAUUGGCACCGCGUAAGUUCUUUUCAUUUUCUUAUUAUUUUUUACUGUCAAUGACUAAGUUAAGCUCUUAAGAAGUAUGAAAAUGCGAACUGUUGAAUAAACAAAAUAUUAAGCCAGGUAGCAUUUGCUAAUUUCUGGUGGUUGCAAAGUCAAAUUGUACGCCUAAAAGAGCUGUGUAGAACGGAAAUGGUUGUGGCAAUUUUAAAGUUCUGAACUUUGAUUAAUUUGA